AUGAAUAACGCCAGGCACCAGUCUCUGUUCUUUGCCAGUCUGCCAGAGCUACAAAAACUCUGUGCCACUACAGUAACACUGAGUCCUCAGAUACCAGAAGCUGAGAUGAGGAGUACACAGAUAAAGAUUUGCAGACAAUUAUUAUUCCUGCAUCGAGACAUCCUUUCUGCACCUGUUAUUGGAGCACUAAAUCGAAUUUCAGUUGUAAUGGCGGUGCCAUUUUACAAAUCAGGAAUAUGUCAAGCCUAUGUAGAGAAACAAGGAGCUACUCUGGAAACACCACAAGCAGCUAGUCCAGCCAUUCUCCAAACCUGUCUCUCUUACACACUCACAGCCAGACUUGCACCCAGAUGAAACAAGGCUGGUCAUCUCUUGGUGCAAGGAAAAGAUUUUUUGUCUCGUUCAGGAAGGCAAAAUGCUGUUGUUGUAGACCUCAAUGUAUCAGAGAGACAGCUUUGCAUCAGUGUGGAGGCUUGCUCAGUUCGGUUGCCGCCCCCUGAGCUGGUGGAUUUUGAUAUUUCACCAAACACCUUAAAGAUGUUUGACAGCAAUGAAAAUACAGUUAUUCACCAACAUUCCAUAUUAAGUAACUGGUGCUAUGUUUUGCCAAGCAUGAAAAUGGGUCAAAUCAUAAACAUCAGCCACAUAAUUCCUCCGGAAUCUCCUUUCCAUUCAUAUAAAGAUUUUCAGAUGCACUGGAAGAAUCUGUAUGGAUAUAUUCUUCCAGAGGAUCUUGAAGAGACAAAAACAUACUUAAGUGUUUACUUCAAGCCAAUAGGGGAAAGGUUCUUUACGUACCCUUUAAGUUGCAUUCGAAGUCAGCCAGUGCAAUAUUUCCCUAGAACAGAUUCAGAAAGUGUGUUGAACUCUUUUCUUUCUGACAUGAAGUGUAUUUUUUCACAUCUAUGUGGAUUUCCAGUGAAGAUGACUAGUAGAGCACUUUAUGCUACACAGGAACUCUCCAGGGCUCUGGUGCGUGAAAUAAAGCCUGAGUAUACAAAAUUGGCCGGCGAGAUGGUUUGUGUAGUAUCUCUAACGCAGACUCCUCCAAGGAAGCCGACUUGGCCUAGAAUUUCUUCACCAUGCAGUAUGGAAAACAGCCACUGGAUGGAGCGUUUGAUCAAAGAGCCAGAAACGCAGACUUUUUCGAGUAGCCGUAAGGGUACAGCAAAGGUUAGCACUGAAGCAACAGAGGAAUCAAUGACUAAUGGGCAAAUAACAGAAGUAACAGAGUUACCAACUGUGAAAUCUUUAGGAAUGCCUGUAAAGUCAGCCUUUGAACUCCCACCGCCCACAUUCAGCAAAAUCAUACCAAUAUUCAAAGGAAAGUUGAUGCAAAUGAAUGGAAAGGCCACAAAUCAAAUGGAUGGGAAGAAAAGAGAAAAUGCAGCAAGACAUUCACCAGUAAAAACGAUGGGUGUUUCAUCUUCUAUGCUGACUGUAUGCAAAUCCAGCAUAACUCAGGUUUACAAACCUGUUCAAAAUAUGGUAGUCAAAAAUCCUGCUCCUAGAAGCAUACCUCAGGUAAUGAAUGCAAAAACAUAUGCAAAACAUGAAACACCUGUAUUUCAAUGGAAAACAGGGUCUAGCGGGCAAAUGACUCAUUCUGAUUCUUCUGAUAACUCAGCUUCUGGUGGGAAUGUAAGUGAAGUCAAUAAUAAAAAGGCAAAUUCUCCUUCCUUACUUAAGAACGUUGGGUCAGUGCUUCAGAAAUCAAACAUCAAUCUGAGUCUGAAUACAUAUGCAUCUCCUACUUCUAGUGCAAGAAGGGGAAAAAAGUUUGCAAGUCAAGAUAUCACGCAAGUUCUUGGGAAACAACACCAGUCAAAGCAAGUACCUUUGCAGAUCUGUAAAUUAGACAACGAAAUGACAGAUUUUGGUUUAUCACAGCAACAAACAAAGAGAUCAAAUGAAGGAGCAAGGUUAAAUAUUAAUGAAUCUCACUUAAAUGAUACAUUGUGCAUUGCCAAGGGUGAAGAAAAUAAAGCAGCAUGUCAUUCUAAGGACUAUAUUGCUAAGACAAGUAGUCAUCGUUCCAAAUGUAACUUUGAACAGACAAUUACAGGGAGCAAGAAUCUGACAAGUGAAACACUGACCUCAAAACCAGCUUGUUCAAAGGAGAGCAACAUGGAAGCGUCUGUAAAGAAAAGUUGUGCCAGAAAAAGACAGAAGGAAGAAGGUUAUUCCAAGUUAAAGAAAGUUAAAAGAAGUUCCCAGGAGGGCAUUAACCUGCUUGAGGAUCUCUGA